AAGGCUACGUUUUCGCCUCAGACCUGUGCAUUAUUUCUUUCUAUUGUUUCUGAUGGCGUGGAGCGUGGGCAGUAAAGGUUUACUAUGUUUAGGACUUUUUGUGGUUGCUAGUUCAUUUUGCAGUUGUAGCCCCCUGACGAGGCUUAAGGCACUGGAUAAAUUAAAAGAAAAGUCGAUGAUUAGCCGAGGACGUGGUCUGCGACAUGGACGACUCCUCAUCGGGCAAAGCUCUCUGCAAGGUGCAAAAGUCAGAGCAAUCGGUACCUCAAUGGAACUCCUGGAUUUAGAUGCUGAUUACCAAGCUGACAUGGGUUGGGCAGAGCCCAAACAAUAUAAAGGACAAGGUGACUACUCGUCAAGCCCAAAGCCAGGCGAGGCAGUGGUGAAACAACUCCUUGAACUGGAACCAAAGGUUGAAUGUACAGGAGACUCCAUGAAGCUUCAAAUCCAAGGUGCUGCCUCUACCCCUGGAUCUCUCUUCUUUGUGGACCGAGGAAGCAACCUGUCUCCACUGCCCCUGUCCAAUUUGCCACAAAGCUGUGGUUACACAAUCCGGUCAACAAGGAGAGAUUUUGUCUUGGUUGCACCCUAUGACGGUUGCUUUGUUGCUCAAGAGGAGGAUAGCUAUGUUCUCCCCUUGCGUUGGUAUGGGUUACCGGUGAGGAUGUCAUGUCCUGUGAUGAGGCCUUCUGCACCUAACCCUCCGAUGGUCACCUGCCACUCUGAGGGCAUGGUUGUCAAGACCGACUGGAUGAUCUCUGCUGCUAAAAUUAAAGUAAAGUUGAAUGAUGUCUGGGAGCCUCUGAUGAGCGCCUCAGCCAAAUGUGGGUUCAGCAUAGUUAUACAUCCUGAUGGUGUUGUCAUCUCUGUUCGCUAUGCGCCCUGCCUGAAGAAAAGGGAUGGACUGUACACCCUGGAACUCUAUGGAGAUGGAGAAACCAAAAUUUCCUGUCCAUCACUGUCAGCAACUGAGCCUGAACCCACAAAAAGCCCACCAAACGAUCCAGAACCGCAAACUGAAGUGCCAAGCAAAGGGGUACAUCACUCAACCCCAUCUCAUAGUCCUGAUCAAACUGUUGCUCAGAACCCAGAGGCACCUAACAAAAAACCAGACUAUGCUCCAAAGGAUAUUGCUCGUCCUCAAAUGCCAUACUAUCCUUCGUACCCACAUUUCUUCUACCCUUAUCCAGAUCCUAAACCUGUAACUACUGCGCCGCCACUGUCGUCUCCUUUAACCAAGACAACUGAGGUGCAAUACACACAAACUGUCCUUCCAUCAAAUCUGCCAAUGGCCCCUGAAGGACAAAUGCCCCAGAAAUUCCUUCCUUUCUAUGUCUGGCCAUCUCAACCUCUACAAUUGCCUGUUGAAAAAGAGACUCCAGUAGUCUCUUCAGCCACCCAACCACCUAAAGUCAAAGUGGAAGACCCUUUUUAUCAUUAUCCAUACUAUUUUAAUCCCGUACAGACGCUUGAAAACCCUACUACGCAGUCACCAGUAACUAAACCACCGCCAGGUAAAUUCCCUGAAUAUGUCCCAUCUGGAACUACUCAGAAACCUCAAGAGCCUACUCCAAGCAAACCUGAGAACCAAGAAUACAAACCACAACAGCUACCCCCAACUGCUCAGGGACAGAUGUACCAGCCGAUCUACCCAAACCCAUUUUACGCUCCCUUAUGGCCUCAAGGCCCUUACCAGCCGCAGAUGCCACCCACAAGGCCAACCCCUACACUGGCUCCAAAGGGCCAAGUGAACCCUGGGACAUCACACCCCCAGAUCCCUGGGAAAUUGUCAACCAGUAAACCACCUUCAGCUCCACAGAGCAAAGUGCCAUCACAACCUGAAGCUCCUGCAGGCAAAGUACAACAGCAGAUCUAUCCCUUCGUCAACCCUUCUAAAGGCAAAGUGUAUGACCCUUUUAACCCUUAUUACCCCCAGCAGCCUCAGCAGAUGACAAUACCCCCUACUACCUCCACACAGAGACCACAACCUAUCAAAGAACCUAGUUAUGGUGGUAAUGUCCACCAAGGUCCACAACCAGGCUCUCCAUAUAUGCCCCCUUUCUAUUGCCCUCAAUCCUGCCCAUCUGGCAUUUCUAAUUGCUGUCCACAAUUUGCUUUUCAUCAACACCUGCAUCAAUAUGUUCCAACCGGACUUGGCAGUAAAAAUGCUCCUCCAGUCUAUCCAGCGAUGCCAUAUCUCUCUUCAUUGGGAUUUCCUGGGUUUGAUAGGGGCUUGGGUGAUCCCGCUCCAGAGCCAACAGUGUCAACAACAACUGCGGCAACUACCCAAGUUUCCACAACUGCCACCCCUGCAACCACUUUACAACAGGCCCUUCCACCUCAGAAUGAACAACUGCCAUAUCUCCUGCCACCAGAUGGCAACAACGCUGUGCCUGUCAGUGUACCUAUAAAUCAGAGGCCAACCUACCCUUAUUUUGUACCCAAUAUGUAUCUACCUCAAAGCCAGUCUGCAGUUAAUUACAAUGCACCCUCUGGACCCCAGGCUCCUGGUAAUUGGCAAGGCAAUCCAUAUUAUAUACAGCCCCCACAGUCGCAAAUGAGUCAACUAUUACCUUUUGGUGCUCAAUAUCUACAGCAUUUUGCAAACCAGCAAAGGGAGCCCAGAGCCACUGAACUAAAACCAUCUAAUGUUAACCCCAGUGACUCUGAAGAGCCAAUGCCAGCUAAAGUCAAAAGUGUAGCUGAUCGUUUUCUUGUCCCGAACCCCGCGCUUCAAGAUGCCCGAGCACCUAUUACAAACUCCUCACAACAAUUUCUUAGUGCCUUAAAGAAAUCUACCAACCACGAUCAGAUAAUCCAAACCGACGCUCGAUCAAAGAGUUAUGUGCUGCUACAGCAGGGCCCACCGGGUAGGGAGCGCAACAGUAACACUGAAGAUCCGCUUGCUGACACAACCCUCCAGUCACAAAAUCUUAAACCCCAUCAUCGGUAUUCAAAUCCCCAACAGGACAACCCCCCCUUUGGCUCUGCAAUGGAUGGCUCUCAUUUUGCACCAUUGCCCAGGGACUCUUUCAAUACAACGCAUAUAAAUCCUGAAGUAUUAGAAAAAAUGUGGAAACUCGGGGGAACCCUCGGCUACAACCAAAGGAUUCCCUCCCCUGCUCCUGGAGAGGAAUUUCAAGGAUGGCGCUCAGCAGCUGACGAAAGGGACUGGAACUAUGCACCCAGAGAGGUGAAGAACAUCAGAACUAGAAACUAGUUGCCUUCAAUUUGAAUAAAUGAUUAAAACAGAA